AUGUUUCAGUUGGAGUUUAUACAACAACGAAUUGCAGCCGCUGUAAGUUUUUUUUAAAUAUUGUAUUAUUUUUUGAUUGUAUGUUUUGAAUUUUCAUUUUUUUUUGAAAAAUAUGGAUAAAUAGAAGCAGAUUUACUGUGUUGUUUUAUAUCUUGAAAAUUGUGUCUGUAAUAAAUUGUUUUCAGAGUAAAUUGAUGUUUUAUCAAAAGAUGGACUUUACGUUUUACAGAGAAGAUGUGGUGCUAGAGGACGAGAUAUGGGGUAUUAAGAAACAGUAAGUAAAAGAUUAAUUUAUGUUUGUUAAAAGAAACUUUUGUUGGAAUUUUUGUAUACGGAGUCAAACCUUUUAUAGGAGGUAUAAAAACGUUAGAUUAUUUAUUGUCAAUGUAUGCAUAUAGAAAUUUUUUAAAUAUAUGAUAUACGAUCAGUUGUAUAGUAUACGAUAGCCAUUUUUAGAAGCCGAACCGAUUUAAUGAAUUACUUUGGUACGCUUUCAGUCACAUGCAAAGUACUAUUUCCUUCUGUUGAACUUGAAGUAAGAUUUUUGAAUUUUUAGUUUUAUCUUUAGUGUUCAGUUAUGUUGCUACGCUUAAAGUAUGUUGCCAAGUUUGAUGUUAAAGUAUUUCCUAAGUUUGUCAGCCAACAUAUUUUAAAAUUUCCUUGGUAAUUGUCUAAAAUGAUCUCUUUUUAGCCAUUAAACAUCAUACCAUUACUAGACGAUGGCACAGUAAGGUUUCGUUGGAGAAUGAAGUACUUACAUUGGUAUCAAGUACUGAAUGUAAAGAACUUUAAUCCAGAAAUACGAGAGAAGAACGUAAGUUACAAUGAGUUUAUGUCUAUAUGACCUAUUAUCUUUUAUAUUUGCGUUUUGAUGACAUUAUCUUUGAUAUUUGUGGUGUUACUUCAUAGAAAGGGUCUAUUUGAACUUUACCUUUGAUUUCCUAUAUUACUAUACUUUAUACUGUCUUUUAACUAAUUUUUAAGUCAGUUUUUUCUACUUACAAUACGAAUAAUAAGUAUAAAUGAUACAAAUUAAUUAUCCAUUAUAGUGCAAUUGGUACGACGGAAACGCCACCUUUCAUGUGGAUGGAAAUGGCAAAGUAUUCAAAUUAAAAAUAACAAAGGUGACCCCAGAUGACAGCUAUCUACAGAAUACGAAGCGAAUCGCUCAGAAGUUUGCCAACAUCUCAACGAAUCAAACAACUUCGUUCAGCUCGAAACAAUAA